GUUUUUAUUUUUGUUCGCCAUAAGGUCUCUUUCAUUCGAAACUUUGAAACAUCUUUACCCAAAAUCCAUUUCUUCUUACCUCUCAAUCCUCCUUUCUCGUACGGUUGCAGACCCAUUAAGAACCGGGUCAAUCAUGUCGCAGACCCGAAGCCAUUCCGGGUUGUUGAUCGAACCCGACGGUGGCAAGCUUGUUGAGCUCUCCGUUGAUGAAUCACAAAGAGAUUUGAAGAGAAAAGAAGCUUUGAAUUUGCCCAAAAUAAAGCUUACGAAGAUUGAUGUUGAAUGGGUUCAUGUGUUAAGUGAAGGAUGGGCUAGCCCAUUGAAAGGGUUCAUGAGAGAAUCUGAGUUUCUUCAAACUCUUCAUUUUAAUUCGAUUCGUCUUGAAGAUGGAUCAGUUGUUAACAUGUCGGUUCCGAUUGUGCUCGCCAUUGAUGAUUCUCAGAAGAAUCAAGUUGAUGGGUCCAGUAGUGUUGCCCUUGUUGUUGAUGAAAAUAACCCCAUUGCCAUUUUAACCGAUAUCGAGAUCUACAAGCAUAACAAAGAAGAACGGAUAGCAAGAACUUGGGGCACCACUGCCCCAGGUCUUCCUUACGUGGAUGAAGCUAUAACUCAUUCUGGAAACUGGCUUAUUGGUGGUGAUUUGGAAGUUAUAGAACCAGUCAAGUACCAUGAUGGUCUUGACAGCUUCCGGCUUUCACCUUCUGAACUUCGGGAUGAAUUUACAAGGCGUAAUGCAGAUGCAGUUUUUGCUUUUCAACUGAGAAAUCCUGUGCAUAAUGGCCAUGCAUUAUUAAUGACUGACACACGUCGGCUACUUCUCGAGAUGGGAUAUAAGAAUCCCAUCCUUUUGCUUCAUCCUCUUGGAGGUUACACAAAGGAAGACGAUGUUCCACUUCAUUGGAGAAUGAAGCAACAUGAGAAGGUUCUUGAAGCUGGGGUGCUUGAUCCCGAGACAACUGUGUUAUCUAUAUUCCCAUCUCCCAUGCACUAUGCUGGUCCAACCGAGGUGCAAUGGCAUGCAAAGGCUCGUAUCAAUGCAGGUGCCAACUUUUAUAUCGUGGGACGAGAUCCAGCUGGAAUGAGUCAUCCACUGGAGAAGAGAGAUCUGUAUGAUGCAGAUCAUGGCAAGAAGGUCCUCAGUAUGGCUCCGGGACUAGAACGGCUGAAUAUAUUGCCUUUCAAGGUGGCUGCAUACGACAAGACUAAGAAUGGAAUGGCUUUCUUUGAUCCAUCUAGGCCUCAAGAUUUUAUCUUCAUUUCAGGCACCAAGAUGCGAACUCUUGCAAAGACCAAGGAGAGCCCUCCAGACGGAUUUAUGUGCCCCGGUGGUUGGAAGGUUUUGGUGGAAUACUAUGAUAGUUUGGAUCAAGCUGAAAAUGGCGGAGUUUCCGAACCUGUUCCUGCAUGAAUGCAUCAUCAUUGAGUAAGUGAAUUACAGCAUGUUUGGGUAGAAAAAUCAACAAUUUUCUCCCCAGCAUGUGUCUGAAGAUCUAUAAUAAUAAUAGUGAGACAUGGUAUAGGUUGAGGAAAAAGUUCCCCAUCUUGUAAAUUAUGGGGCUAAACAUAGCCCAGUACACUAAGCUUCUGCUAUAUGUGGAGUCCAAAGAAGGUUCAACCACAACGGUCUAUUCAACACAGCCUUACCUAUCUGGUUCCACAGCUCGGACUCGAUGACAAUGGUGCUACUGCUACACACAACAUUUCUAAAGUUAUGCACACAUCUAUAUUAUAAGUGUACUUGAUUUCAUUAAAAUGAGUUCCCAUGGUUUCUGGAUUGGACUAUAUAGGCCACAAGUUGGAGAGUACAUUACAUUUAUUUCAUUCUUUUGAAAAGAUGAAAGCGUUACAUAUCAUUUGUUUUCACUUAAUGAGGGUUUCAUUCAGAUUUCAGUGUAUCUAAUUCAUUUUUAUCUCGAACAGCUGGAUUUCUA